UUGCUACAAUUUGCAGAAUUAAGGCGGGUUCCUGUUGAUGGUUUCUCGGCAGGCCUUCAAGAUGAUGACAUAUACAAGUGGGAAGUUCUUGUCAUUGGACCACCGGACACUUUAUAUGAAGGAGGAUUUUUCAAGGCAAUUCUGGAGUUUCCGCAGGAAUAUCCACUUUUGCCGCCGAAAAUGAAGUUCAUCUCAGAAAUAUGGCAUCCAAAUAUUGGUAAAGACGGAAGUGUGUGCAUAUCGAUACUGCACGAACCUGGUGAUGAUCGGUGGGGCUACGAGAAACCAGAAGAGAGGUGGUUGCCGGUGCAUACUGUAGAAACGAUUCUUCUUUCUGUGAUUUCGAUGCUCGCUGAUCCAAAUCAUGAAUCACCAGCAAAUGUGGAUGCUGCGAAAAUGCUUCGAGAGAAUUUUCCCGAGUUUAAAAAGCGAGUGUCGGCAUGUGUCCGGAAAAGUCAGGAAGAGGGCUGCUGA